UCUGGGCGGGGCUACUUUCGGGCCAGCGGCAGGACCUGGGGGCUGUGGCCGGGGGCAGCCGUUGACCUGGUGACCGCGGCGCCGCCCCAGACCGGGGGUGCAGUCCCACUCGCUCCGAGCCCCGGGACCCCGAGCCUCCCUCCCGGGUACAUGGGGCCGCGCCCGCCUUGCGCCCAGCUCCGCCCUCCGUCGGCCCAGGCCUGACAGAUCCCGGCAGCCAUGACUGCCAACCCCCGGUGGGACACCAGCAGGGCGCUGGGGGUGGCCAAGCUCUUCCAUCUGGUGUGCGGGGUCCGGGAAGCCUGCGUGACCCCGUUCCUGACCUUUUACCUGAGGCAGCUGGGCUUGGCCGCGCCCUGGGUGGGCAUCCUAAUGGGAACUAAGCACCUAAUCGCUGCCUUCUGGGCUCCCGUCUGUGCCUUCCUGGCCAAAAGCUACCGGAAACGGAGAGCGCUUCUGACUGGCUCCUUGCUCGGCUCGGUGGGAGCCAGCCUGCUGAUGGUCCUGGUCCCACCGGCGGACAAAAAUCGGGUGCACUUCCCUUGUAAUGGAAGCAGCGGCCUGACCAGCACAGACGCACUCCCGGGGGUCACACUACCUGUGAACAUCACCUCGGCCCAAGAGCCUGCCUCCAGCCACCCAGCCAAGAAGACUGCAGAGGUGGAAAUGCCUGGCUUCAGAAACCCACCUGGUGAAAGUGACCGAGAAACUUUCCGUGAUCUGCACAGCUACUUAGCGCCCUCCGUUGAAGGAGCUGGGACCACAUCCCAAGUUCUCCUCCAUCCUGUCACUUCGGGGCUGAAAGAUCGUCCCUGGGAAGUUACUUUUGAGGUGGUCAAGACAGCCCUCCCCUCGCUUCCUGGGGGAAAAGGGCCCGGGAAUCUAGCCAAUUUGUCAGGGACCAAGGGGAAAGCCUGGGCUUUUGACCUGUCCUUGGAGGGGUUGCGGUGGACUUUCAUCCUCUCCUUGGGGUCCGUGGCGUUCUGGGAGCUGCUGACAGCACCUCUGGAGCAUGUGGCAGAUGACAGCCUUUAUGAGUACCUGGAUUUUGUGGAUGCCACUGACAGAUACAGAAGCCUGUGGGUCUGGAGGUUGCUGGGCAUGUUGGCAGGCGUGUGUGGCAUCGCAGCCUUGGUGGGGCAGCUGGACUGCUUCCUGAUGACCAGUGGCCCCCGGGGUGUGGUCUACUUCUAUGGGUACUCGGUGGUCAGCAUCCUGGCCUUACUGGUGAGCAUUGCCUUUCCCAUUCCCAUCUGUCAGCGGUGGGAGCCCAGCUACAAAAGGGUCAAAGCACUGUCCAUUGUGGCGGGGACCCCCGCCUCAUUCUCCUCGCCUCCACCGUUGUUUUGAUAGGAGCCGUCGUCAGUACUGUCCAGAACUUUCUGUUCUGGCACAUGGAGGACCAUGGGAGCGGCGAGCUGGUCAUGGGUUUCUCGGUCGCCCUCAGCUUGCUGGGGGAAAUUCUGCUUCAUCCGUUCAA